ACAACCUAGCAUUUUUAGACUGUACAUUUGCAUGCUUGUUCACAUUCUCCACAAGACCGCAAUUGUGAUCAAGGUUCACUUCCUGAGAAUACAUCCUCAACUAAUGCUGUGCAAACCUCAAACUUUAUUCACAUCAGCAAUUGGCAGGUGAACAUGGAGGACCAGAACAUUUCGAAUGGCUCUCUGUUUGCCGGUCCCUCAGUGGAAAUGCUAACGUCCAGCACUGUUCUGGGAUUGUGCUGUGUUCUGGGCGUACCAGGUAAUCUAGCGGUGCUGAUCAUGCUCGCCCAACAUUUAAAGGAAGGCAGCUUCACCCCAAAACUGAUGCUGAGCCUGGCUGUCUCGGAUCUACUGAGUCUGAUUUUUCUGCCUGUGUGGAUCUAUGCCCUUCUGAACGGCUGGGUUUUUGGCAGAGAUCUAUGCAAGUUAUUUUCCUAUGAAGUGUACUGGAGCCUCUACAGUAGUGUGCUUUCUGUCACCUUGUUGAGUGUGCAAAGGUACCUGCAGGUGCUGUAUCCACAGCGAUGGGCGAAGCUUGGAAGGAAGGGCCAAAAUGGGCUGAUAUUUGGGAUAUGGGCAUCAAGUGGAGCUUUGGCUUCUUACGCUCUUUAUUACCGAAGCGUCGAGCAGAAGAAGGACGGGCUUCUACGCUGUUAUCAGGAUUAUAGGAAUAAUCAAGAAAAAAUAGUUGUCUUACUUGUUGAGACUUUAGUGAUGUUUUUUGUGCCUCUCUUCAGCCUGUUGUGCUUCUACCUUCGACUGCACCAACGGAUAAGUCGAUCAGCUUCCUUCAGCAGCCACAGGCUGACAAAACUGGCCGUCAGAAUCGUAGUGGCCUUCUUCAUAUUCAGCACCCCCUGUAUGAUCAACAACGUUGUUUCAAUGGUACUGUCAUGGGAAUCAGAUGCCAGCCACAAUGUAACCGGAGCCCUUUUCUUCAUCAACAGUUGCGUGAACCCCUUUCUUUACGCCUUCUCUGCUCGAGUGCUGCGAUCCAGAAGUAGACAUUCAGAUGAGCCAAAACAAAUUCAGAAUGAAACUGAGUAAACAGGAAAGCUUUUGUCAUUUGUGACUAAAUGUGCAUUUCUGAUAGUGUUCUCUGUGUAUUCGUGUUUGCUCUGUGUAAAGGGAAGUGCAUAUGAAAGUUUUUACCGUAUAUGUUUCCACAACUUCUAACCUGAAUAGUUUAUUUCCCCUUUAGGGAAAUAUUACAGUUAACAACUAAUAAAGUAUUUCUGUAACAGGACUGUGGAAGCCAACCAAGAAUAUCUUCUGCUAUUUGUCUGGGCUUUUUCUUACAAUGUAAAGGUUGUAGCAUUAAUGUUUUUAGUAAGCUUUCAUCUGCCAUCCAAAAAUGAGAAGAAAUGUGGUAAUGAUGAGGCAGACAGACCACACUUGCUCUACUGACAACAGCUUUUAAAGAGGAAUAACCUUAGUUGAACAACAAAGAAGAUAAAGGAUGCCAACAAAAACUUUUUUUCCUAUUGUUUAUAAUUUAUUAUUUGAAGGUGUUUUUUUUUUUCUUUCUUUUGACUUUGUGGUUAACAGUCUCCUUAUGGUUUGUUAUUUUCCCCUGUCUCCUCUGUGAUUUGUCUUUAUCUGUGGGCUUUCAACUCUACCCAUGUUUUGAAUUAAAAUCUGUACAACAAACACUUACAAAUUUAAUAAUAGGCUAUAUAUAUAUAUAUAUAUAUAUAUAUAUAUUAUGGUAAUUAGAGUGACAGUCAG